AUGGAUGCGCAAGGUUAUGAUGAAAGUCGCUUCAUUGGUCCAGUUAGACGAGAAUUAUUUUGCAUUAUUUGUCGUGAUGUGGUAAACGAUCCACGAUGUUGCCAGCAUCAAGAACACUUAUAUUGUUUAGCUUGUAUUACACGUUAUCUUCUAAACCCUCAAACUCAAGAAUGCCCAGCAUGCAGAGAAAAUCUGACUCCAGAAACCUUGAAACAUCCCGGACGGUUUUUCAUGAUCUGCUUGUCAGAACUGAAAAUUAAGUGUGAUUACAUUGACCGAGGCUGUCCAGAUCACAUCCAGCUUGGAAAUCUACAACACCAUGUUGGCAAUUGUGGAUUUGCUCCGGUCAAGUGUGAAAAAUGCGACAUGCAGACAAACAGAAAAGAUAAAGACAACCACGACAAAAGUUUCUGCCAGCUUGGAGGCGCCAAAUGUCAGGAUUGUGGAAAUAUCAAAGCAACUCAAGAUGAUAUGAAAGCAGAACUUUGUCAAGUGAAAGCAAGACAGGGUGAAAUGAAGGGAAAUCAAGACGAAAUGAAAGGAAAUCAAGAUGAAAUGAAAGAAAAUCAAGAUGAUAUAAAAAAAAAUCAAGAUGAAAUGAAAGGAAAUCAAGAUGAAAUGAAAGAAAAUCAAGAUGUUAUGAAGCAACAACUUAAUGAAAUUAUGAACGCUCAAGAGGAAUACCAAGUAUCUAUAAAUCGACAAUUAAACAAAAGGAAACACGAUCAAAUGGAGGUGAGACAGGAUUGUUUUUGUCCUUUUUGGCUUUGCUUGGCAAUUAAUAUUGUUGUUUUGUAGAUCUUCUUUUUUCUCAUGCCAGGGUGUCCACUUACACUUUCUGCGUUAAUUACAGGGUUUCCAAAAAAUAUAGAGUAAGAGGUUUCCCAAAAGAAGUAGGCAAUUUUUCUUCUGGUAGUCAUAUAUUUUAAGGGGGAACCAUUACUAUUCAUAUAUUUUGAGUGAGAGCCAUUACUAUUCAUAUAUUUUGAGGGAGGGUCAAUGUCACCGAAAGUAAGAUUUACUUAUAAAUUAAACUUGUGGUAUAGUGUUAACCAUUGCCUUGUACUUUUCUUUAGCAGUAAAGUGUCUUACUGAAAUUACGUUAUCGCAUAAAUCUUGAUAAUUUUCUGGGGCAGAUAGUGUACAAGUGUAGAUAAAGUUUCGUCGUCGUCAUGUGGGGAAAGGGAGUUCAAACCUUUCAGAAGCCCCACACGUUCACAAAUAAAAAUACAAUAAACGAUCAGUCGAUCACACGUGGGCCACCGUUUUCACGACAUACGUUAAUUACACUUUAUUGUAUUUGUGGGGUUGAAGUGCUCCCAAAGGUCACCUUCAUGCCCAUAGACUCAUUCAAUGUAAAUAUAAUCGGCCGAGUUAUAGGAACUGUCCAAGGGACCCUUACCCCUUGGUUCAGGUUAAUAAGGUCAGAGGGGGUCGCUACCCUUCUGGCAAGUGCUCUGGGGACCCUUACCCUCAGGGCAGCCCUAGGGACCAUUACCCCUAGGGUAUCAGAGCGGGCCUUAUAUAUACCCCGCAGGAUGAAAUAUAAGGCCAUAAAGAGUCUAUUGGGUUAAAUAUACAUAUAAUGUGACACUUAUUGUAACAGGAGUACUUCACCCCCAUAACCCAUUCUCCCACACAAAAGCUGUAUGUGUCUAUUCUUAAUUCUUAGCUCAGUUAGCUGGCAGGAGAGCAAUUGUUCCAUUAACGUUAAUUAACAGCUUUAAUCCUUUAUACAAUUUCCGUAUAGGCCCGGGUAAAAUGUUUGGAAUUAUAAACAGAAAACGUUUCUUUUACACAAAUUUAACAAAUGAUAAAAGUCAUACAAAAUUGACAUUUUGCUGAAUAAUAUGUGAGAUUACUUAGAGUAAAUCUUCUGAUUGAAUUACACAGUUACGUCACAAGUUUUAUGUUUUUCAUAUCACUGCGUUGUGAUAUUAAUUCUUUCUGGUCUGGAGUCCGAUAACUCCGUGUCUCAUGUCAUAUACAACGUUUAUAUAAAAUAAAAGUGAUAAUAUACGAAUACAACAACUACAAUAAAUAUUAUCAUACAUAUUGCGCCUUUAUCAGUGCCUUUUGAUGAUAAAACUGCUAAGUCUGACAGCACUUCUAGUUCGGUCAUAAUUUACAAAUUGGCAUUUAUAAGCCGCCAUUUUGUCUUCAAGAGAACACAGAUAUUAACCCUAGCAAGUAAAUAUCAUUGGCAAACAAGCAGCAUUACAGCAUAUUGCCAUAUUUAAUUGAUUUUCCAAAUUAUUUAUCAGAAAAAUAUAACAGAAAAUGAAGCAACCUCGUACCAAGGGUCUUUGCUUGUGAGAAGCAAGAAAAUGAAGUUGUCUAUCGCAUGUAAACAUUUCAUACUGUAAAGUUUGAACUCUAGUAAAAAGUUGCUCAAAAAGGAAAAAGUUGCUUGAAGUUGCUCGGACCGAAAAAAGUUGCUCCAAACGCAAAAGGUUGCUCAAAAAUUGCCGAGCACAAUCGGAACAUGCCUAAGGCCACAUUCUACUUUAAUUUAAUUUAGGAAAAUGAUGACGCUAUUAAGCAAACUCAAGAUGUUAUAAAUGUCAAAGUAAAUCAAAUGAAGGUAAGACAAGAUUGUUUAAUUUUCUUUAAUUGGUCGUUUUCAUGGUAACAAGUGAAAUUCCAGUCAGUAAAUCUGCUUUAGGAAGUAUAUACAUUAUCAUAUAUCAAUACUAGUGCUGUGUCUCAGAAAAAUGUUAACGAGAUCAAACACACUCAAGCACAGGUGAAAUUAGAAUUCAACGGAAUAAAAGAUAAAAUCAAAGGUUAAAGUCAUUUAAUUUACACAGGACGAGAUGAAGGUGGAAUUGAACGAAAUGAAAGAUAAAAUCACAGGAAUGGAACGAACGCAAGAUCGAAUGAAGGUAAGACAAGACAAUUCUUAGUUCUUUGCAUGGAGAUGAAUUGAAUUGUUUGUGUAUUGUUGGCGAUGACAUUUGAUCAUUUGAAACUAAAUUAUGAUAUAUUUACUAUUAAGAAAACUGAAUUGUUUUUGUAGUUUACCGGGUGGCGCAAAAACGUUCUCCUGUUUGAUUUGUACAACUUAAAACCUGAAAGAGCUAUUACACUUAAACAAGGUGCAUUACAUUCAGUAAUGUCGAACUUAAAUUUUUAUAUACGCCGUGUGCAUUUUCAUGCAAUAUUCACCGAGAUAGCUCAGUUUAAACUUGAGUAAACAUUUUUUGAAGUCAUGUUUCGCUCGCUACUCUGGUUUAAAUAAAUGAUUACAAAGCCCAGUCGAAUUGUAAUCGCAUCUUUAGAUCACUCCUGAUGAAGACACUAGACUGGAGUGUCGAAACGUUGGGUCUUGAUUACAAUUCGACUGGGCUUUGUAAUCAUUUAUUUAAACCAGAGUAGCGAGUGAAAUAUGAUUGAUAUGCAGUGAACGAACAAACUUUAAAUUCUUUGAACUGUUGAAAAUUAGCCAAGAACGGCUUAUUAAAUAUAAAUCCGGCAAUUAUAAUAACCUGUGUUUGGACGCACUACAGUCAGAAAGUACACGUUCGUUUUUCAGAGACAACUAUUUAUUCAUCAGGAAAUGUAGAUAUUUGGUCAUUAUGCGUAAGGGAUUGUCGAAUCAAUCCUUGUCAAUGUCUUCGUUAUGAUUUAUGAAGAACAGUCGGUCCCGGAUCUUUCCCGAAUCAAAAGUCGGUCCCGGAUCUUUCCCGAAUCAAAAGUCGGUCCCGGAUCUUUCCCGAAUCAAAAGUCGGUCCCGGAUCCGUCCAAACCCCUUAAAAUUUAUUAAAUGUUGCGCCCCUGCACACGGCGUAUGUGAAAAUUUAAGUUAGACAUUACUGAAUGCAAUGCACCUUGCUUAAGUGUAAUGCUAAUAGUUCUUUUAGUUUUUAAGUUAAACUAAAUAAAACAGGAGAACUUUUUUGGGGCCACCCACGGUAUAAUACAUCAUAAAGGGUGUUUCAGUUGAGAGAUUUUAAUACGUCGGCGCAUAUACACACGGAAAAAUUUAAAUCUUUCUAAAUUUUAUAUCAGAACUGUUUACUUCAUCAAAUGUACAUUAAAUCAUAAAUAAAACCGAAUGAUGUCCUUUUAUUCAUUUAGGCUACUUAUUUCAUGAAUAACAUUUAAAUGGUUUUAAAAACAUUUCCAUGCGCAUACGUACGUACGAAAAACGCUUAAAAUUGCCGUCGAAAAUCAGUUCAAUUUCCAGUAAAAUAUUAUUUAUCAGCUGCGGUUAUGCCUUAGGCGUUGAGAAUAACGAUGGCUGCACUGUGACCUAGUCACCAACAUAUUUUAUUUUCAAUUCAGCAAAGUGUUGACGAGAUAAGACAGCAGUUUGAAAAAAUGAUGAUAAUGGUUCAGCAAGUAUUGCAAGGAAGCAAUGUAAACAACAAUGGCGCUCAAGCUAUAGAUCCAGCAGUCCCAGACAGCAACCAAGAUAUUAUUAUCCUUGGCGGUUAUUAUGCCCCGGGAUUUGAAAGUGUAUCGAAAACAGUUGAAAAAUACAGCAUAGUAGAAGGCAAGUCAACUCAACUACCGCCAAUGAAUCUCCCUCGAGCAGCAUCAGCAUCAUGUGUUUACAACGGUGACGUCAUCGUUGCCGGAGGUUGGGAUGGUGAAACUGGUACUGACUUGAUCGAGAUUUUAAAGAUGAACCAGCAUCCCUUGCGAUGGACGAUGUUUGAUGGUAAACUGCCCGUCAAGUUAUCUGGUCAUGACGUCGCAGUUUACCAAGAUAAAUUAUACAUCAUAGGAGGACAUAACUGGAAUGAAAAGAAACAAUCCGAUGCAAUUUAUGAACUAUCCCUUGCACCGCCUUAUACUGUCAAGCUUCUCGCACGAAUGCCUCAGCCAAUGAAAAACCACAGAGCGGAGAUUGUUAACGGAAAGCUAUUUAUCUUGGGAGGAUCGACAACAGGUCAGAGUGCAGAUGCUACUGAUAGUGUUGUUGUGUAUGAUUUCAUCAAGAACGAGAUUAAGCUAUGUCCAUCGUUACCCGAGCCUGUCUGGCUUAUGUCCACAGUUACUUGGGGCAAUACGAUCAUUGUUGUCGGCGGGGUGGAUAAGAAUGAUCAGGAUUUAAAUGGCGUCAUCAUGUAUCACAUUGAAACUGGGCGAAGUGAAAGAUUACCUUCACUUAAACACAACAGGUAUGGUCCUUCAGUUGUCAUCAUGCAUGACGUCAUUGUUGUAUUGGAAGGAUGGAAUAACGAGGAGGGAUAUCUCAACUCAGUAGAAAGUUUCACAAUGGGAGAUGAUCAGUGGAAAGAACUGCCAGGAAUGAAAGAGAAAAGACUCCAUACAACAGCUGUAGUGAAACCUCGCAACUAGUUUUUAAAGAUAUGCUUUACAACAUACAUUUUACAACAACAGUUUCAAGGUUUUAUAAUCAUAUGAACAGAUAACUAUUGUAAUCUUUGCCUUUUAUAACUUAACAAAAUAUUGUGGAAUGUAAAUAUAGUGUAUAUAUAGUAACAUAGACUGUAGGAAAUAUGGUAUGUAAAUGUUUAAUAAAACUCAAGAUAACUUGUAUGUAGAUUUGCAUAGCGUCAAUAUAAUUUUCAAAAUCUCAUACGAACAGUGAUGGAGACAUUGACAGAAGACUAUCAGUGAGUAAGUGUUACAGUGCAGUAGAUGCUCGUCAACUUCACAAACUACGUCUCUUAAUUCUAUUUAUUCGCCUCAAAAACACAGUUUCAUUCAAUGAAAACAACUCAAAUUAUUUUCUCACUCUGAUAACUGCAGGUUGACCAUCAUCUGUUGCACGAUAGUGUUUAGUCAAAUUCCGAGUAGACAUGGAACAUUGAAUCUAAGAGAUGAAUUUUGAUCCUAAGAUUAUUAAAACUGGUCUCGUGGAGUCAAUAAUAUGUUGGCUGUUUUAAAAUAAAGUCUGGAUCACGCAAUGGACCAUUUAAAUCAUGCAUGACUUGUAUUAAUAGGUUUACCACUUACUUUAAACACCAUAACAUUCGUUCUACUGGACAAAUUUUAAUUAUCUUAGUGUCAUUCAAUUCAUUUCUAUCCUCGCUAAUAAUUAGCUGUUUAAAAAGCCGCAGCAUUGGUACCGAUAUUAAAACCAAUCUAUGAAAAUUCAUAAAUGAACUUCCAAAAUAAGAACUGUGAUUGUUAUAUGACGAACUAUUGAACUUGACAAUUUGCAUGUUAUGUUAAUAAUAAUGUUAAUAUAGUUUGGAUUAGAUAUAAUUGUUUAGAAGUUAUUUUAAACUAUUUUUUAGAAAUAUUCUGAUUUUCAUUAUGUAUAGUUAUGAAAACGUUAUGUAUACUAUCAAAAAAAUCUAAUUCACGAUAAUUCAUAUUGCUAUUCUGUUGAGUUGUUUCUUCAUAUUUUGAUUCUAUUGUUGGGCUGUGGUGAGUGUUAUAAGAUGCAGGAUAAUUCAUAUUGCUAUUCUGUUGAGUUGUUUCUUCAUAUUUUGAUUCUAUUGUUGGGCUGUGGUGAGUGUUAUAAGAUGCAGGAUAAUUCAUAUUGUUAUUCUAUUGAGUUGUUUCUUCAUAUUUUGAUUCUAUUGUUGGGCUGUGGUGAGUGUUAUAAGAUGCAGGAUAGCUGGGGAUAGAGAGGGAUACAACUAGCUGACAAAUACAAGCAGAAUUUCGAUGUUUAGAUUCUUCGUUGUGAAGUUAGUUUGGUUCGAAACGUCCAAGUUCUACUUCUAUUUUUCACGUCGUUGUAUCUCUGACAGUAAAUACUAAACUACGACAUAUUAUCAAAAUAAUUCUACAUAUUAUUUCAUCACUUUAAAGGCACAGUUCAGCCUUUUGAGUGAUGGUUUUUAAAGCGCAUUAAAGCCCUUUUAAUUGAAAAAACUAACUAGGAAAAUCAAUUAAGCAUUAUUCAAGAUCAGUAAACUCAAUGUUUUUAACAAUAAAAAUGUUUUAAAAUGUUAAAAACAUUAAGUUUACUGAUCUUGAAUUAUGCUUAAUUAAUUUUCCUAGUUAGUUUUUUCAAUUAAAAGGCCUGAAACGCCCCUUAAAAACCAUCAUUCAAAAGGCUGAACUGUGCCUUUAAUUACUGUUGGUCGACCAUCAUGUGCACUUCCUCAGUGAAAUCUUUCUACAAUCAUUAGCAAAGGAGUCAAUCCUGGGGGACCUACACCCACUUUUUAUAGGGGGAGAUACCCCCCCCCCCCCUACAACCUUCUCCAUCAGAAAAUUGAAAUAGUUAUUUUUUUAAAAAGUCGAUCUUCGCAAUGAGUAAUAGCCUCGGAAAGCACCCUAUGUGCAGCAGCUCUGUUUCAGUUGAUAGUUUUUUUUGGAAACAAAAAUAUAACUGUAAAUCAGAAACAUUCAAACAUUUCAUGAAGGAAUGAUCACAGUCAAUUUCCUAAGAAUCUAUCGAUUUUUCUCUUCGCUCGCAACAAAUUGCUUGUAAUGUACAGCAAACCAUAUCAACCCAAGCAACCAGAGAAACAUUAAGACAAAACAAUGAAUGAUCAAACGUUCUUUUGUGUUCACGAAACUGACAACGACACGGCUGAUCAGGCUACCCGAUUGCAAUGCUGCGUAAGACACGCCUUGAUAGAACGACGCGUUGCGCGCGUCAGUGAUCUUCGAGAGAAUGGAAUUACUGAACGGAUAAGCGAAGUAAGGCAUACCAAGACAUAUAUACAGCAAUAACAUGUAGUUUUGAGCACUUGUGAUGUGAUCCCAGCUGAAUCCAAUCCAUGUUAGUACCAAGAUGGCGGUAAUUUGCAUCCACAAAGCAAGCAGGAAUAGUUUGCGUUCAUCAAAAUAGUCGGAGGCGAGCGAGUAUAGAAUGAAAAGAAGCAAAGUGAAUAGAGUGCAGUUCAGGAAGAGUAAUUUAACGUGGAUUAGUUCAAGAUGAAAAUGGUUCAAUGCCAGAACGGGGACAUUGAAUGUCGCAGUACUGGCGAAAACUUCACUUGCAAUUGUCAAGUAAAGCAAACAUAAAAUACGCGAGUUCCAUUCAAUCUUCGUUUGGCUUUCGUCAUCAUGAUCGGCAACGGUUCGGUGACCACUCGGUUUGAUUCGGUUAUCUUCGGGAUCAGCAAUCGCAUCAUCUUUGGUCAAGUGACGAUCGACAUUCAGAUCGUACUCGGCCAAAAUUCGGCGAGCUUUCGGGGGGAAUUCGGUCAACCUUCGGUCACCUUUAGGAUCAUCUUCGGUGAAAGUUCGAUCAUCGGUAAUUCUUUCUUCAUCUUCGCUCACGAUUUCUUUCUGAACAGUUCCAAUUUCAAUCCAGAUGUCCUUAGGUAAUAAUAUUGUCACAAUCAAGAAAAUACUCCAUACUAUGGCUAAUAUAAUCCCAGGGGAGUUGCCUUGAUUGAUAUGCCAUCCCCAAAUUGUAAUAUCAAAUGCGAUAAAGCCUCCCACGAGAGGACCAAAGGUAGCCCCUAGGCAAUAUACCCCUUCGAGCAAUACAAACAUUGCUCCACGCUCUUCAACGUCGGUUUGUAUGGCCACCUGACCAAGAAUAAUUGCAACACCGCCACCCGUACCCAGUCCACUGACCAGUCUGCCAACCAGAGGGAAAAAUGCUGAGAUGUUAAUGCUGUAGAGUAUGUAUGAGACGACUUUCAAGCAACAAGUGAAAAUGAAAACAAGGCGUGGAUGUCCAACCCAGUCUACAAUACGACCAAAUAACGGACCGCCGAUCAUUCCAGAGACGUUGAAUGCAGAUAACAUCAAAGCAAGGAACAGCUUAAAAAGAUAAUUGGAUUGUACUGUUAAUACAAACUCCUAUAUAAUACUAGAUGUCUCCAGCUAGUACUGAGCAUCUAAAACUCAAUCUAAGACUAUGUUCAUACUACACAGUAGCGAAAUAGGUCAGGAAGAAUUUACGUCAAACUACGCCGUUACACGGUUUGUUACAAAUGGGUGAUUACAGCUACGUAUAAACGAAAUUUUGAUCUAGACAAGAGGAGUGAAAUCCAUUACCAUACUUAGAAAGAGCAUCUUAGGAUAAGUAAAAUUGCAAAGUUUGGUUGCGAAAUUGUGGUAAAAAGAGGAAAAUGUGAACUGGGCCAGGCCGGCUAACCUUACGACAUUUUUUCCAUGAAAGAUCGUUUAAAUAAACUUUAUAUUGUUACUGGAAUCAAAGUAAGCUAUUUCAACUUUGAAAUGUCAUUUUGAAUGUUUAUCAAAGCCGUGAUUGGAACUUUAUUAAACAAAACAUCCUGGUUAACCUGGUCAGCCUGACUCAAUAUGAACUGCCUCUUUGAAUCGGCUGCUGUUUGGUCAUUGCUGCUUGGAAUCAUGCGAAAAAAUGUGUCAUUCAAAAGCUAAAACCCUGGUAUGUGAACUAAACGUUGAAUGUGCAAAGUCAUGUCAAAAGUUGUAUCAGUUGUAUUGUAAUACCUCGUUCUGGCCGAGAGACCUGACGUAAUACCACGCUGUUGGGGCAAUGAAGUAAUUUUCACACCCAGCUAUAAAUUCGCGAACAUAACCGAAUUUCACUAUCCCUUUAUGACGCACCAUGGUCGAUCGAUAGUCACGAACCUAAAUGAAAAACCUGUUGAUCAUUACAAAGUUCCUGAAAAAAUUUAGACCCCUGUAGUAACACUAGAUCAAAUGAUCAAUAAGAGUCAGCCUUACUGGACCUCUCCUGAUUUUCACCAUGUGUUUACAUGAGAAAAGUCAGCCCUACUGGCUACUGCUAGGGCUGGCUUCCUUUCGCAAGUUGCACUUAAUAAUGGCUUCCGUGUAACUCAUUAUUUUUAUUAUGGCGUCCACACAAUCAUAGUUUGCCGACUAAAUUUUGGAAUAAAAACCAACAGACAUUUGAAUAUUCGUUUAGAACUACAUAUUAAAAGCGAAAAAAUCUUUAAAAAGUUUAGUUUGAAAUUGAUUCGAUGGCUUUUUCACUCAGCCCAACAAGGAGGGGGGGGGGAGGGGGCAGCCUUCCCUGCUGCGUUUAUAUGCGAAAUUUCCAGCCCUACUAGGCGAGAUCUCGCCUCGUCAAUAGCGAGAUCUCGCCUCUAGUACGGCUGGCCCUCCUCUCGUAUAAACGAAGACAAUUUUUUACAGGGAAAUGUAUUAGCAAGCGGGAUCUCGCCAAGGUAGGCCAGCUCUUUAAUGUAGGACUCGUAUAAACAGGAAAUUGUAAUGGAGUGGUUUGCCGUAGCGUAUUAACUAUACGGACCACUACGUUUGGCACUCCGGAUGCAAAUCUAGUCGCUACGGUAAAUUUGCCGAAGCGUCACAGUGUAAACGCGACCUUAGUACCUUUGUAGCUUGCAAUAUUCUAUUGCAAAGAAGAAGGAAUUUAUAGUACUUUAUAACCACCGUCCCAGCUACGUCAAAUAAAACAAACAAAUAUUAUUUUAAACGAACGCACAGAAUAUAAAAUGCAUACCUACCGUUCGGCAGAAGUCCAUAUAGGAAAAAUCCUUUAUUGUUCAACAGACGCUCGUGCGGCAAGGAAAACAUUUAGUAACAACGCAAUUACGCUUGAGUGCGCGCUAUUGUUACAAAUGACACAUUUGAAUUUCUUUUCGCUUAACCGCGCAAGUAUAUACAAAGGCCUUAGGGUUUUAUAUCCGUUGCUAUGCUAAAUUAGUCAAAUUUAUAAUUCUGUUCUCCAUUAUUUUACUGCAUUUUACCAAUUUCGUAAUUAAGUGUAUACCUUACAAUUAUAUCCAUAUUCCAUAUUUCCAUGUAACCAUGUUUAUACCUUAAAUUAAUUUGACAAACGCUUGGACUGGCACCACAUACUUGAGUUAAUCAAUUUGUAAUCUAUAUAGGUGUCUUAAAUAAAAGCCUUUAUAUGGUUUCUAGAAGGUCGCUAACCCACUUCUUGUAUCUUACUUUCUUUUCAGACAGGCAUUGCAGUUCGUGAACGAACGUAGUUUGCUACCAUUGUACUUAAUCUAAUCUGCGUUCAUCCUCUGACAGAAUAUGCUUGCCCAGUCGUCCAAAAAUCUCUGUCUACAUUACAUACUUAUGCAGCGGGGUGCUCAUGCGUAUAAGGGAGCCUUGCUGCCCACUCUCCUCUGCAGUCUGCAAUGAUGCGGGCGAUUAGUUGUGAGUUAGUUAAAUAUUACAAGAAUUGUAAAAUUAGACUUAUCAAAGUAGAGGGAUGGUGACUGAUUAUCAACUGUCAAUAUUUAGAAAUCUAGUUCACUGGUCUAAUUGUUGAGUACUCAAGCCUAUAAAAAGAUUGGCAGCGAGUUCUUAGCGUUUGCAAAGUGAUUAGGUAUUAUUAGCUAGGUAAAUAUUACAAGGAUGAUAAAAUGAGACUUACCAAAGUUGACGAAUGGUGACUUAUAGGUAAUCUUUGAAGAUUUUGAAACAAAUUGAUGUAGACUGCGUCAACUGUAUAUUGUGUUUGCAUGAGACAACACCUUAAUUUGUCGCAAUGUGUAUUGUGGUCAAAACAUCGCAUAAUUUCAAAAGGCAGCCUAUCAACAUCCUUAUAAGGAGGUAACUGGUUUGGCUUGACAAUACCAUUUGAGCCAUCAUCCGUGACAAUUUGAUAUAUCUUGAGACAUUUGCAUUUCUGUAGAAUUCCAAGCAUACCAGCUUAAAAUUUCAAGUAUCAGUUUGAGAUUCAAAAUAUACAUUAAUACAGCAACUUGGUCUCACACAAAUCAAGAACUGUUUCCGAAUUAGUGAUUCCUUAGGGUAGGGUUAACCCUAAAGUUAGGGUAGGUCAUAGUCAGUAGAAUAAGGUAAGGGAACUCGGUGAUAAUAGGUCUCAUUAUUUAUAUUUUUGCAUGUCUUGCUUUAUGCAAAAAAUGAUCGGUAACUAAUAGCAAUGUGUUGCAUUGAUUACUCAGUCGUGACAUUACACAAUAGUUAAAUGAAAACAUAGCUAUUGGUUGCUCUAGCGAAAAUACCGCACACAAAACUCUCCAUGUUAUCAGCCCCUAAACCUUAUACUGAAUUGUUAUGAACAAGCAAAGUUAGAUUAUAUUUGAAGGAUUAAAGAAUUUUUGUUCAAGUACUGCAUAAUUAUCUGCUGUGUGAACGUUUUAUACUUAUUGCGAUAUUUGCAUUUGUUUGACAAGAAUGGUUUCGGUAUCUUAAUAAACAUGUCAGAAACAUUUACUACGAACGGCAAAGCAUUAAAUUUUACAUGAGCUGCAACAAAGUCAGUAAUCAGUGAGACUUUUAAAAGCCUUUAUAUAUACAUUAAAAACAUGCAUGAACGCAUCGACAGCUUGAAAUUUGACUAAUCAGUAACUCUCUUCCCAGGCUCCAAAACCGAUAAGAUUUGGGGUACAGUAAUAUAGAUACAUACACAAAGAUAGCUGGCUGCACGCAGGCUAAAUUAUAGGACUUAUUACAAAAUUCUAUGGACUGCAAUUGAAGGGAAGAUGGAGCGAGAAAAUAUGAUAUUAUACGGUGAUUAUUUAAUGAGAGGUAAAUGAAGGGAAUGUCAGAUUUAGCUAGACGAAAGAGAAUCGCUCAUUAAGAAUAAUUGUGGACAAGUAAUGUACCAAGUUUGAAUAUGAGAUGCCUUUCCUGGUUUUUGCUAAUAUCAAUGGAAUGAAUAGCCUAAAUUUUCAUGUCAGAAAUGGCGUAUCUUGUUCGUGACAUCACGAAGAUGCUGGACAAAUCUGUCUCCUAAACGUCUUUCAGUUUCCCCGGCCCGUCUUCCAGUGGCGUUGUAUAGUUCUCUGUGCAGGUCUCUGUUUAGGUUGAAUGGAUGUCGAGAAAUUAGUUUUGUUAUCCGCAAUAAAAAGUGUUCCAUCCAUAUCUAUAAUUUAAGAAUUGUUUUCUGAUUUUCUUUCACGCGUUCACCAAUGGCGUGUAGAAUGGAAAACGAGGAACAAGGUUAUGACAGACGUUUUGAAUGUCCAGUCAGAGGCGUUACAGGGCAGCAGUCAAGUUUAUACUAAACUGCGUGUCGUUCAGAGGUAUUUUCCUCCAGUUGAAUCAUUUGCAGUUAAAAAUUUUUCCAGCAUGAAACUCACUUACACCUACAGGACAGUAAUGUUUUUAGGAAAACCCAACCAUAACCCUUACCAUAACCCAAAUCCUAACCUUUUGUAAAACCACAACCCUAAUCCUUAUUGUAAUCCUAAUCCUUCUCACGUCAUAGUAGAAUAAUCCUUGUGACGUUGCUCUGAGCACAAGAAAUGACAUAUUUGAACUUUUCACGCUAUAUAUACACAACAAAAUGAUUAAAAUGUAACUUCUAUAUUCAUAAUAAUAACAACUGAUGUGUAGAAUUGUUAUUCCUGUGAAAUAUAUCAACAUAUUUUGAAAAUUGCGUAAUUCCAUGACGGGAAGUUAGAAAGCUGUUUAGUCAAUAUUUAGAGAGAAAGGCAUUGUUUUACAGAACGACAGAGCUGGCUCACUGAACUGACAGAGUUGCUGUGAAAAUUUCAAGUAAGUUUGUUCAUAUUUUUACAUUACGUUCCGACGAGAGCUGACGAGUUUUCAACUGGACGCAAAUUAGUCGCGUUUCAUUUGUUCACGCGGGGAUUCGUGUGCCGUUAUAUAGCUGUGAUCAAAUUGUCUGGUUUCAAACCUCGCGUGUAAACACAAAAUGAGAUUGUUAAAAUUUGACUAUGGUACAGAAUUCAUCCUGUCUCACCCUCAAAUGUUUGCGAUUUCGUCUAGCGCGCAUUCAGGGAACGCAAGAACUGAACCAGGUGUAUUAGAGCACAGCUGUAGUGUAGGACAAAUGAAGGCGAACAAUUGAUGUGAUAUAAUCUUGAAGUGUCUGUGUCAGUGUAGGUAGUGUCAAUAAUAUAAACAAGCUUUCGUUGGUAGAGAUGCAACUACGUGAAAAAUAUAAGCAGAAUUUUGACGUUUCGAGCGAAGGCUCUUCGUCUGGAGUUACUGGAUGAAAGGUCUUCGAAAUUCUCCUUAUAUUUUUCAGGUAUUUGUAUCCCUAGCAACGAAAGCUUGUGAACAAUUGAUGUACAAUUCCAAGUUCACUUGGUCUCGCGUGAGUAGGGUCUCCUGCGCAAAUAUUUCCAUUGUAAGUCUUUCUAGUAAGCCCUAACGAGUUGCUUCGAGUGAUAGUCAGUACACUCUGGCAUUAUACAGUACAGGGUGUCCCCAAAAAACCAAACUAUUGAAAUAACGUAUUGGUAGAUUUUUAAUGCCUUAAUUAGCACUAAGUUGAACGCAGAGAUGCGUAAAAUAUUGACAGGGUGCACAUACAGUGUGUCUAAAAAAAACUGAACUCUUUCAAAUUCAAAUUAGCUAUAACGUAUUGUAGUAAUUUGACAGCUCUAAUUGCUUUAAAUUAAUGAUUGGGUAAGAACACAAGGUCUUGUACUCAUUGGACAAAACUCAAAGAAAUAAAAAUUAGAAAAUUUAAAAGUAUUUAAGAGUUUUGUCCCACGCGAGUACAAGACCUUGUGUUCUUACCCAACCAUUAACUCAAAGUUAUAGCUAAUUUGAAUUUGAAAGGGUUCAGUUUUUUUUUAUACACCCUGUACAGGGUGUAUCAAAAAAAAGGAGACUUUUAGAAAUCAACCAUAUUGUUAAAAUUUGAAUGCCUUUUCAAUUGCACAUAUGCUGAACCGUAGUGCGUGAAAUAUUGAUUGGGUGCAUAUAUUAGAAAAAGGAGACCUUUUGAAAUUGAAAUAACGUUUAAACAAAAGAUUGUCUGCUCCUGGGAACCAUCUUUAUAAAAUAACAUGUAUAUAACGCGUAUUCUGAUUGGUCGAAAGCCGUGUUUGGAUCAGGCCAUCCAAACACGGAAGACUACCGUGUUGUUAUUAUUUUAUAAAACAAUUACUUUAUGGUUUCCGUGUUUGGAUGGACUGAUCCAAACACUUGGGAAUGUUGCUCGAGUUAAGAAAAGCGGGCAAAAUCACUCGCCUUCGGCUCGUGAUUUCGCUCGCUUUUCUUAACUCUCGCAACAUUCCCGCGUGUUUGAAUCAGGCCAUCCAAACACGGAAACCAUAAAGUAAUUGUAUAGCCAUGCAUACUGUACGUAGAUCGCAUGUUACGCACUUGUGGGCUUAGCAACGUGCUCCAGUAUUCAAAUCAUGGUUGAUUUCUAAAGGUCUCCUUUUUCUAAUAUAUGCACCCAAUCAAUAUUUCACGCACCACGGUUCAGCAUAUGUGCCAUUGAAAAGGCAUUCAAAUUUUAACAAUAUGCUUGAUUUCUAAAGGUCUCCUUUUUUUUAUACACCCUGUAUAUUAUAAAUAUUGACUCAUUAACAAAUUAAAAUAUCUUUGUAAAGCGCACGAUUUUCUGCUCUUGGGAAUUUAAAGCAGCUUCUUAAACAGUUUCUUUAUAUGCAUAAAAUUUACUUACGUCAAGCUUUUAUGCACUUGUGAGUUCAGCAUGAGAGUGCUAAGGUAUUCAAAUUCUAACAAUACGUUAUUUCAAUAGUUUGGGGGUUUUUUGGGGACACCCUGUAGAAUAGAAUUUAAAUAAACGAUUAUUGCAAAAUAUUUUAUUGAUCAAUUCCACGUCUCGAGUAAACACUCGUAUAAAGCUAUGGUUUCAUGUUUUGUGUUUAAAUAAUGGAAAGAAAAUGUUGCCUUAUUCGAUCUUAAUGAACUUUAGAUCUAUAGUUUCUAUUCGUAGUAAUAUAGACAUUUCAUAUUCAUAGAAAAUCCUCGUCUGCAUAUGUCUUAAACUAAUGCACAUGUGCAGUUACCUAGUUUUGUUAUCCUCAUUAACAAGUGUUCCAUACAUAUCUAUAACUUGACAAUGGUUUUCUAAUUUUCUUUCAGGCGUUCAAGAAUGGAAAUCGAAGAAGGUUACGAUGAGAGACGUUUUGAAGGUCGAAUCAGAGAAGAUCUAUUUUGCUCUAUUUGUCAAGGGGUGCUCAAAAAUCCACGAACUUGCGAGAAUAAAGAACAUCCAUUUUGUCUUUCUUGCAUAUCUCAACAUCUUCGUAAUUCCCACACAUGUCCUGAAUGCAGAGAACACCUGACCCCAGAAACCCUCAAAGAUCCACCGAGAUUUUUGAAGAAUACCUUAUCAGAGCUGAAAAUCAAGUGUGAUUACAAUGAGCGAGGCUGCCCGGUCUACGUCCAGCUUGGAAAUUUACAGAAACAUGUUGAGCGAUGUGAAUUCGCGCCCGUCAUGUGUGGAAAUGAAGGAUGUGGGACGGAGGUCAAUAAAAGCGGUAAAAAGAAGCACGAAAGUGAUCUCUGUCAGUUUAGAAUCGCCAAAUGGCAUGACUACAGAGAUAUUAAAGCAAGCCAAGAUGAAAUGAAAGUUAAGGCUCUAAAGAUGGAAAGAAAGCAAGAUCAUAUAAUGGUAUGAAAAGAUUUCUUCAAUCCAUUGUAGGUUGUCACAAUGAUAACAGAACUGUUUUCUACUUUUGGACGAGAAAUUUUACAUGAUACAUCUAUUUAUACUCACGACAUUAAUCUUCAGGAAUCCCAAGCUGAAAUGAAAGUCAAGAUCAAAGAAAUGGAAAGAAAACAAGAUGAAAUAAAGGUAUAAAAUAAAGAUUGUUCAGUUAUAUAAUAUUCUUUGGAGGUUUCUAUGGUGAUAAAAAUAGUAGUUUUGUAGAUCUACUCUGGCAAUAAGUUUUACAAGAUAUGUAUUUAUACUCACUACAUUACAUGUAUAAAAUGUCAUCUCUGAAAUAAUAUUCUAACACUAAUACUGUAAUUCAGAAAUCCCAAGCUAAAAUGAGAGUUCAGACGGAAGAAAUAGAAAGAAAACAAGAUGAAAUGAAGGUAAAACAUGAAUUUUUGGUUGGCUAUGGAUUUGCAUGGUGAUAGGUAUAAUUGUUUGUAGAUAUCUACUUUGGAGUGAAAUACUAUAAGAUAUUUAUUUAUAGGCCGUGUCAAUUCAGAAAAAUGAUGACGAAAUGGAACAAACUCAAGCACAGAUGAAAGUGGAAUUGAAAGGAAUGAGAGAUAAAAUCACAGGAAUGGAACGAACGCAAAGUGGAAUGAAGGUAAGACAAGAUUAUUUUUAGUUUUUUCCAUGGAGAUGGAAUUGAAUUGUUUCGUGUAUUGUUGGCGAUGACAAUGGAUUAUUUGAAGCCUGAAAUUACGAUCUAUUAACAAAACUGAAUUGUUUUUGCAGUAUAUAGUACAUCAUAAAGGCUGCGUUUUAGUUGAGAGUUUUCGUUUAAAUCUUUCCAAAUUUUAUAUCAGAACUGUUUACUUCAACAAUUGUACAUUAAAUCAUACACAAAACUGAAUGACGUCCUUUUAUUAAUUUAUUUAUUUCAUGAUUAACAUUUAAAUGGUUUUAAUUCAGUCGAAUGUAGCGCGGUUAUGCCUUAAGCGUUGAGAAUUGCGAGGGCUGUGUUGUAACUUAGUCACAAAAGUAUUUUAUUCUAAAUUCAGCUGAUAAUGACGAUAAUCAUGAUGAUAAUGGUUCAUCAAGUAUUCCAAGGAAGCAAUGUGAACAACAACAAUCGUGUUCAAGCCAACAACCAAGAUAUUAUUAUUCUUGGCGGUUCUAAUGGCCCAGGGGUUAAAAGUGUAUCGAAUACAGUUGAAAAAUACAAUAUAGUAGAAGGCAAGUCAACCCAGCUGCCACGAAUGCAUCUCAGUCGAAAACAAUCAGCAUCAUGUGUUUACAACGGUGACGUCAUCGUUGCGGGAGGUUCGGAUAGUCAAACUGGUACUGACUCGAUCGAAAUUUUAAAGAUGAACCAGCCUCCCUUGCGAUGGACGAUGUUUGAUGGUAAACUGCCUGUCAAGUUAUCUGGUCAUGACGUCACAGUUUACCAAGAUAAAUUAUAUAUCAUAGGAGGACAUAACUGGAAUGAAAACAAACCUUCCGAUGCAAUUUAUGAACUAUCCCUUGCCCCGCCUUAUACUGUCAAGCUUCUCGCAAGAAUGCCUCAGCCAAGGAGAAACCACAGAGCAGAGAUUGUUAACGGGAAACUAUUUAUCUUGGGAGGAACGACAAACCAGAGUAAAGAUGCUACUGAUAGUGUUGUUGUCUAUGAUUUCAUCAAAAACGAGAUUAAGCCAUGUCCAUCGUUACCCAAGCCUGUCUUAGGAAUGUCCACAGUUACUUGGGGCAAUAUGGUAAUUGUUGUCGGCGGGGUGGGUAAGAAUGACCAGGAUUUAGAUGACGUCAUCAUGUACCACACUGAAACUGGCCAAAGUGACAGAUUACCUUCACUAAUACACAAGAGGUACGGUUCCUCAGCCGUAAUUAUGCAUGACGUCAUUAUUGCGUUGGGCGGACACAGUGACGAGGAGGGAUAUCUCAACUCAGUAGAAAGUUUCACAAUGAGAGAUGAUCAGUGGAAAGAAUUGCCAGGAAUGAAAGAGAAAAGACAUCGCGCAACUGCUGUAGUGAAACCUCGUAACUAGUUUUUAAAGAAACGUUUCACAUCAUACAAUUUACAUCAACAUUUACGAGGUUUUAUAAGAAACGUUUCACAUCAUACAAUUUACAUCAACAUUUACGAGGUUUUAUAAUCAUAUGAAUACAAAACUUAAUAUUGUAAUCUUUGCCUUUUAUAACUUAACAAAAUAUUGUGGAAUGUAAAUAUAGUGUAUAUAUAGUAACACAGACUGUAGAAAGUAUGGUAUGUAAAUGUUUUUUAAAUCAUGAUCAUGUCGGUUUUCUUUGAUCUUCGACAAUGUUUAUUUAGCGUAAUCACUCCUUCGGUCUAAAAGUCCGAGGAGGGUUUUUGAUUUUCAGCAGGGAAGAUCGGGG